UUGACCUCUUUGACAUUCGCAAGGUUAUUAUUUCUGUCAUUUUCAAUAACUUUAUAAAUUCGCCGCUGUGAUAAAAUUAAAAUAAGUUAUUGCUUUAAAAGCACAAAAAUGGCUCUGAAUAAACUAAGCAUUGAUGCCCUAAAUUUAGGCGGACAGCGAGUGUUAAUGCGGGUCGACUUCAAUGUCCCGCUCAAAGAGGGUGUUAUUACAAACAAUCAGCGUAUUGUCGCAGCUUUAGAUUCAGUCAAAUAUGCCCUGGAUAAGGGUGCAAAAUCUGUGGUGCUCAUGUCGCACUUGGGCAGGCCCGAUGGACAAGCCAACCUAAAAUACACCCUUAAACCAGUUUCUGAGGAACUCAAAAAACUUUUAAACAGGGAUGUCACAUUUUUACCAGACUGUGUUGGACCAGAGGUAGAGGCAGCCUGUGCUGACCCCCCAGUAGGGUCGCUUAUUCUGCUGGAGAACCUUCGAUUUCAUAUUGAAGAGGAAGGCAAAGGGGUUGAUGCGAGCGGAGCCAAAGUCAAAGCUGAUCCUGAGAAAGUCAAAGCCUUCCGGGCUAGCUUGCGAAAGCUGGGGGAUGUUUACAUUAAUGAUGCCUUUGGCACAGCCCACAGAGCUCACAGCUCAAUGAUGGGUGAAGGUUUUGAGCAGAGAGCCAGUGGUUUCUUGUUGAAGAAGGAAUUACAAUAUUUUGCAAAGGCCCUUCAUGAGCCUGAGAGGCCAUUCCUUGCCAUUCUUGGUGGUGCUAAAGUGGCAGACAAAAUCUUGCUCAUUGAAAACCUGCUGGACAAAGUUAACGAAAUGAUCAUUGGCGGCGGUAUGGCAUACACAUUCCUCAAAGAGACCAAGGGCAUGGCUAUCGGUACCUCUUUGUACGACGCUGAGGGAGCAAAAAUUGUGACCAAACUAUUGGAGAAAGCUGUCAAGAAUAAUGUGAAGGUCCACCUGCCCGUUGACUUUGUAACAGCUGAUAAGUUUGAUGAGAAUGCACAGGUCGGUGAAGCUACUGUGGAAUCUGGUAUCCCUGAAGGCUGGAUGGGUCUUGAUGUGGGCCCUAAGUCGAGGGAACUCUUUGCUGAUCCUAUUGCAAGGGCUAAAGUUAUCGUAUGGAAUGGCCCCGCCGGAGUGUUCGAAUUUGAGAAGUUCGCGGGCGGCACCCGCGCGCUCAUGGACGGAGUCGUCAAGGCCACGGCCAACGGCGCGGUCACUAUAAUUGGUGGUGGCGACACAGCAACGUGCUGCGCUAAGUGGGGCACCGAAGACAAGGUCUCCCACGUGUCCACCGGGGGCGGAGCCUCUUUGGAGCUGCUUGAAGGUAAAUUGUUGCCUGGGGUUGCCGCUCUUUCCGACGCAUAAAUCGAAAAACGCUAUCAUAAUAAGUUAUAGGUAUCUAUAUAAAGUCAAAUAUAUGUUAAGUAAAUAGUGCAAUGAAGAAAUUAAGCAUAAUAUUUUCGGCUCCGUAUGACUCGUUUAUUUAAUGAUAUUGUGAAAUUAUUAUAAUCACGAGUGUGUGUAUAGACACCUAUGUAUAUGUAUAUAGGUCCGAUAAAAGUUUCGUGUUGUUUAUUGUAAUAUUGAGAUUUAAAUAAAUGUUAUUCUAUGAUA